AUGUCUUUUAGAGGCGGCAGAGGUAACCGGGGUGGUUUUGGCCAAAGCAACAAUGCAUUUUCCAACAAUGGCAACGGGCCAAACAACAACGUUGAAGUUGAAAUCUUUGGUUGGAAUGGCGCCUCCCCCAGUGAAUGUGUUGCCUUUAUUUCAAGAAAAUGCAAAGUGCCCGUAACGAAUUAUUCGGUUAACACUGGCACUGGCGGCCUUCGUGGAUUUGUCAACUCUCAAGAUGCCGACCAGCUUGUUAACUGGUCGGGUGUGAGAUUCGCUGGUAGCAUUUUAAAAAUCACCAAGCUCAAUAACCAAGGUGGCUUUGGCUCGUCGCCCCAGAUGGGUGGCCAGGCUCAAGGAGGUGGUGAUAACACUAUUGAAACACUCACCAUGUUUCUUAAACUGAGAUAUAACCCAGAGAUCAAGUUGUUGAAUUUGAGCUCGGUGCAACAGGACCCAACGCUAUCCGCCAAAGGUUUCUUCGGAAGCAUAUCUACUACAUCUAAGUUCUUUCCGGCCUUGAUGAAAAUUGCUGCUGAUUUGAAGUUGGAGGUGACAAGCGCAGAUCUUUCAAACAACAACUUGACCGACCUUUCAACUAUUUCAACAUUGGCUGUCACUUUCCCCAAGUUGCAGAAUUUGGCUUUGCUGAAUAACAGACUCUCCCGUGUUAAGAUCUUUGAUUCCUGGAAAAAGAAACUUAGCGCUUUAAGAGAACUCAUUCUUGCUGGAAACCCUCUUCUCAAUACCACAAACCCAAAUGAGGUAAACACCAUCAAGUCUGAGCUUCUCAAGGUCUUCCCACGUCUUGUUGUUCUAGACGGCGAGAUCCUCAGAAACGAGGAAAUCCUCCGGAAGAACCUUACUUUGCCUUUCGAGCGUCCACAGGCCAUGUUUUUCCAGACGACGGACAUUCAGGGUGUUUCAACAAACUUUAUCACGAACUUCUACAAAUUGUGGGAUGGCGACCGUCAACAACUCAUGGUUCUUUAUCAAAAUGAAUCGCAGUUCUCUUUCCAGGUUGACUCUUCGCAUCCUCGUGCUUUUGAUCCCAAAGAUACUCCUGACUUUGGCUACUAUAUUCCCCAGUCUAGAAACCUCACUCGAGUCUCGUCUGUCAAGGCUAAAAUGGGCAGACUUGCUCAUGGGCAGGAGCAAAUCUUCAAGUUGUUUACACAGCUCCCUAAAACUCAGCACGAUCUCCUCACCAAGCCUGAUGAUUUUAGCAUGGAAGCGCACCCUCUACCUCAGCUAAACGCCAUUUGUAUCACUUUGCAUGGAAGUUUCCAAGAGACCGCUCCACCUGAUAACUUAGAGCUGGUUAACAACCUGGGCCAUGGUAGAAACAGAUACCAAGCUAAGAAAUCAAAAAUCCCGUUGGGAAGAAAGGGCUUCGACAGGACCUUGAUUGUCAUUUCUGGCCCAAACAAUAGUAUGAUUGUGGCCAGCGACUUAUUGUGUAUUAGGGCAGAAGUUGACUCAAGUGCUUUCAGACCAGACCAGAACGCUGCUGCCCAGCCACAGCCAUCGCCAUCUCCAGUACCAGGCAUCGGGGGAGCUGGUUCGCCUGCUCCAAACGCAAGCGUAACGCCUACUCCACCAGCUCCUGGCGUUCCUACAGCAGCAGACUUACCUGCUGAAAUCAAGGCGAACUUCAACGCUGUCCAACAAGAACUUCUCGUCAAGGUCUUACUAGAAACAAAACUUAACAUCCAAUACGGAGUUAUGCUCUGCCAACAGAGCAAUUGGGACUACCAACAAUGCAUUACAAACUUCAAAACGUCGGCUUCGUCGCUUCCGCCAGACGCUUUCGCACGUUAA